CCGCCGCUGCGGGGCAUGAGCGCGCGGAGCUGGAGCCGCAGCUCCGACGCUCUGGGGCUGAACCCGCUGCCGCGACCAUGUCGGUGGCCUUCGCGUCCGCAAGGCCCCGCGCCAAAGGCGAGGUCACGCAGCAGACCAUCCAGAAGAUGCUGGAUGAGAACCAUCAUCUGAUCCAGUGCAUCCUGGAGUACCAGAGCAAGGGCAAGACGGCCGAGUGCACCCAGUACCAGCAGGCCCUGCACCGGAACCUGGUCUACCUAGCCACCAUUGCAGACUCCAACCAGAACAUGCAAUCCUUGCUCCCUGCCCCGCCAACCCAGAACAUGAAUCUGGGCCCAGGGGCGCUGUCCCAAGGCAGCUCGGGCCAGGGCCUUCACUCUCAGGGCUCCCUCAGCGACGCCAUCGGCUCCGGUCUGCCACCAGCCUCCCUCAUGCAGGGCCAGAUCGGCAAUGGUCCCAACCACGUGCCCAUGCAGCAGACGGCCCCCAGCACGCUGCCCACCACCUCCAUGAGUAUGUCGGGCAGCAGCCACGGCACCGGGCCAGGCUACAGCCAUGCGGGCCCCUCGCAGAGUGUGUCCCUGCAGGGUCAGGGUGCCAUGGGUAGCUACGUGUCCCGGGCCAACAUCAACAUGCAGUCCAACCCAGUGUCCAUGAUGCACCAGCAGGCAGCCUCAUCCCACUACAGCUCGGCGCAGGGUGGCAGCCAGCACUACCAGAACCAGUCAGCCCUGGCCAUGAUGGGCCCUGGAGGGCAGGGCAGCAGCCUGAUGAGCCAGCGACCCCUGGCACCCUACCGGCCCUCGCAGCAAGGCUCAUCCCAGCAGUACCUGGGCCAAGAGGAGUAUUACAGCGGCGAGCAAUAUGGCCAUGGCCAGGCAGCCUCGGAGCCCAUGAGCCAGCAGUACUAUCCUGAUGGGCACAGCGAGUACGCCUAUCAGCAGCCAUCCUACACGGAGCAGAGCUACGACCGCGCCUUCGAGGAGUCCACACAGCACUACUACGAGGGUGGCAACUCCCAGUACAGCCAGCAGCAAGCGGGCUACCAGCAGGGCACAGCCCCGCAGCAGGCCGGCUACCAGCAGCAGUACCCGAGCCAGCAGAGCUACCCUGGGCAGCAGUCAGGAUACGGCCCGGCACAGGGCGCCCCUGCCCAGUACUCCAGCUACCAGCAGGGCCAAGGCCAGCAGUACGGAAGCUACCGAGCAGCCCAGAGUGGCCCCUCCGCCCAGCAGCAGCGGCCUUACGGCUACGAGCAGGGCCAGUAUGGGAACUACCAGCAGUAAGCCUCAAGUAUGCUGGGUGAGCCAGGCUGUGGCACGAGCCAGUGAGGCUGGUUGCUCAUGGUGGGGCUGAACCAUGGCCUGUGGUUGCUCCUCACAGAGGCCUGCACAGCACCUGCCUGUGGUGCACCCUCAUUCCGUGCUGGGAUGACGCUGCCUCUGCUGCCUGCAGGCAGGGAGGCUGACUUGGUGCUGUGUGCAGUAUUCUGUGUCCGUGCGAUGAAGGGGAUGACUCUUUUCUGUCCCCCCUUUUCAGUGUGUCUAGCUAGCAUUAGGGGUCCUUCUGUCAUUUGAGUAUUCUGUGCCCCAAGAUGGGGUAUUUCUACAAAUGCAUAGUCUGUGUGUCCAUACGAACAGCCUUAGGUCCGGCUGUCCUCACUUGUCAUGUGUGUUGUGAACUUGUC